ACUACAUUCACUUUAUCAGUCUAAAAAACAAGAAAUUAUAUCAUUUACCAAAGCAUUUAGACAUUGUUUUUCAAUUGGAACACAAUUUGCUAUGAACUCCGUUCUAAUUUUCAUCGUGCUUACGAUGAGCGGUACUGCUCUCUCCAGAACAUGUUGCAAUUCGUGUAAUACCAAAGUCAACUGUGUUCCUUCUUGUCAAAAUCAAUGCAGUUCAAAAUUAUGCAUAAACCUACUAGUUCAAAAAUGUUGUGUUCCCACUGAAUGUAGUACCACGAAAAAGACACCGAAAACUGUAACAACAACCCUAGAACCUGAAUCGGAAACAACAGAAACUGAAUCUGAUACAGAACCUGGACCCGAACCCGAACCUGAAGCCGAAAUUGAGCGUAUACAACAAAGCGGGGGCACAAAACAUCACCAGUCCAACACCAUUAAUUUAAAUAAUAGACUUACCAACAACAACCACAUCAAUAUUAACGUUCACGCGGACAGUUACGUUUCAAACAACAUAACAUACGUGGGAGGAGGAAGUGGCGGAAGCGGCACUACUCAGGAGCCUGAUGUGACAAAAAUAAUACCCACAGAGAUCUCUACAACAUCUACAACAUCUACAACAAUGAGAACGACAACAACGACAAGAACACCUGAUUGUUGCGUUGUUAUUAAACCUUGUGUUACGUAUGGGUGUAAUCCGUACCGUCGCCAGUGUGGAGGUUGUUAUGGCAGUAUUGUGUACUGGCCAGCCAAUCCGUGCCAACGAGGUUGUUACAAGCUAUCUUACUGGUACAGACCAGUGUGUUAUUUUGGGUAUUGUUACAACACAGAAGUCGAUUGUUCGAGUUGUUACUACAAUUUUUAUGAAACCUACGACGGUUAUUCUAGAUGUCGUGGUUGUUUUUAUGGAUACUAAUUAAACUGACUGCUGGUUAU